AUGUAUAUUGAGAAACUAAAUUUGAACUCUGAAAAUGAGAAGAUCACAAGCUUAGACUUCCAGUCACAUAGUGAUAUGAAUAGACUAGCAAUUUCUAGCUUGCAUCAAAUAAAAAUAUAUCAUAUUCCUUUAUAUGAUAAAUCUUUAAGGAAUAAUAAAAUAAAUAUUGAAUUAUUAUUUGUAAGCAACGAUCAUAAACUUGUUUAUAUUAAUACGAUACGUUGGAGUUUUAAUGGUCUCUUUUUGGCUAGCUGUGAUAGUGGAGGCACAUUGGUGUGUUAUGAAUUGGAUUUGCAAAAAAAAAAAAUAAUGGAUGAAAUGAAAAAAAAUAACGACAACAUGAAUAAUAUGAAUAAUAUAAAUAAUAUGAAUAAUAUGAAUAAUAUGAAUAAUAUGAAUAAUAUGAAUAAUAUGAAUAAUAUGAAUAAUAUAAAUAAUAUGAAUAAUAUGAAUAAUAUGAAUAAUAUAAAUAAUAUGAAUAAUAUAAAUAAUAUGAAUAAUAUAAAUAAUAAUAAUAACAAUAAUGAUAAUAUGAUUAGUACAUAUUCAUCAAUAGGAAAUAAAGAAGAAUGGAAGAUGACAAAAUGUGUAAAAAUACCAGAAAAUGGAGAAAUUUUUGAUCUUUCAUGGUCAAGAGAUAAUGAACAUGUUGUAUGUGGUGUAUCAAAAGGUGUUGUAUAUAUUUUUAAUUUAAGAAGAUCUAUUAUCGUUCAUAAAUUAUUUUUUAAUGGUACUACAGAAAAUAUUAAAGGUGUAUGUUUUCAUCCUAGUAAUAAUUCUAUUAUAGCUCAAAGUAGUGAUAAUAUUACAUGCAUAUGGAAAAAAAUUAAUAUCUCUGGAGAUAACAAAAAUUAUUCUGCUAAUUUUUAUGAGAAAAAUGGAAAAACAAAUGUAGAUGAGCAAUAUGUAAUAAGUGGAAUGAAUAAUAAUAAUAAUAAUAAUACAAAUAUUAUAUAUCAUAAUAAUAAUACAAAUAUUAUAUAUCAUAAUAAUAAUACAAAUAAUAUAUAUCAUAAUAAUAAUACUAAUAAUAUAUAUCAUAAUAAUAAUACAAAUAAUAUAUAUCAUAAUAAUAAUACAAAUAAUAUAUAUCAUAAUAAUAAUACUAAUAAUAUAUAUCAUAAUAAUAAUACAAAUAAUAUAUAUCAUAAUAAUGUAGGUCAUUUUACAUAUGACAAAAAAAGUGGUUUACAUAACAAUCUUGUUACUGCACCACAAACUUUAGCAAGAGAAUAUUUUCAUUAUAUCUAUGAAGAGAAUAUGAAUAAAAAAUAUAAAAAUAUAGAUACUCCUACUAUUCGUCAUAUUUAUUUUGAUACAUUUGGAAAAUAUGCUAGCAUUACUCAUAUUCCAAAUAAUGGACGCAAUUGUGGUAUCUUAUUAAAAAUAAAAAACAAUGAAAAAAUUAAUAGGAAUAGAAUAUUUCUAGAUGGACAUGGAAGUUGUAUACGACUAGCCAAAAUAGGACAAAAGGUAUUUAUCGAUGUUCAGAAAAAAAAAUUAUAUAGUUUGUAUUGUCAGUGUAGUGACAACGGGGUUAUAUCAAUUUGGAAAAUAUUUUUGAAGAGAUUGAAGAGAAAAUCGUCAACAUGUAUAAAAGAUAUGAAUAGUAAAAAUAAUAAAAAUAAUGUGAAUAAUAUGAAUAAUAUGAAUAAUAUGAAUAAUAUGAAUUAUAAGAAUAACAUGAUUUGUGGUAAUGAAGACAAAAAAAAUAUUACUAAAUAUUCUUUGGAAAAAAAAAAACUCAUAUUAAAAAGAAAAAAGAAAAUGAAUAAAUAUGCACGUUGUUUUUUAAUUAUUCAAAAUCUUUUAGAAGAACAGACAUGUGCAGUGGAUUUAACGUGGUCAGAAAAAUAUGAUCAAUUAGUAAUAGGAGCUUCUAACGGAUCUGUUUAUAUAAUACAAUUGGAAGUUUUAAAAUUACGAUUAAGACCAUUUUAUUAUAAUAUUAAAAUAGAUAUUAGUAAUAUAGGUCCUAAUUAUAAUAUUAUUGAAAAGGACGUAGAAUCCAAGGUUGUAAAACCAAAACAAAUCAAAGAGAAUUAUCAGCAUGCAGAUAAAAAAGUUAAAAAUAGAAUAACACCAAAAAUUAAAUAUUUAUAUGAUGAAUAUGGAAAUAUAAUCGAACAUAACAAUAAUAAUAACAAUAAUAAUAAUAAUAGUAAUAAUAAUAAUAAAUAUAAUAAUAAUAAAACACCAGAUGUUAUUCAUAUUUUGAAUUGUUCUAUUCAUUCAUUCUGUGAACACCUAACAACAAAAACUUCUUUCUCCUCAUUAUUAGAUGAGAAAAAAGAAUAUAUACCCAAAAAUAAUUAUAAGAACAAAUAUAGCUUUUAUGAUAAUCAAUGGUGUGAUAUAAAAUUUUCAUCCAUUGUAAAUAAAUUACUUUAUAUAUUUAUGAUAGUUAUAGAAAGAAUUAUAAAACAUUUUGAAAAUGUUAUGAAUUCUGAUGUAUGUAAAGUAUUGCAUGAUAUUUUAAAUAUACCAACUUCUAAGGACAUGAUUCUUAAGGGCGAUAGCAAUAAUUUAUGUCGUGUUCAUAAGGACGAGGAAUCUCGUAAUGACUCUCCAAAUAAUUCAAGUGAUUCGAAAAAUAAUAGUAAUAGUAAUAGUAACACUAGUGGGGGUGGUAACAAUAAUAAUAACAACAAUAAUAAUAAUAGUAAUAGUAAUAGUAACACUGGUGGGGGUGGUAACAACAACAAUAAUAAUAAUAAUAAUAAUGACAAUAAUGACAAUAAUGACAAUAAUAAUAACAAUAAUAACAAUAAUAAUAAUAAUAAUAACAAUAAUAAUAACAACAAUAAUGAUGAUGAUAAAAAAAAGAAAAGGAAAAAUACCAUAUCCAAAUCUGAAAAAAGAAAUAGCAUUAGCAACGAUAAUAGUAUAGAUGAAGACCCUAAUACAGAAAAAAAAACAAAAUCUAUGAAAAGUAAAAAAAUAAGUAAACCGAUCAUUUCAAAUGCAACAAAUAUAAUAAAUAAUAAUAUGAAUAAUAAUAUCAUAAACAGUAACAAUAAUAAUAAUAAUAAUAGUAAUAAUACUAAUUGUAGUUAUAGUAAUAAAGAUGGAAAAACAACUAAAAACUCUAAGAAAAAAACAGAAAUAAAUAAUGAAUCGUAUACUUUAAAAAAUAUGAACGACAUGACAAAUAAUGAAAUUGUUAGAGGAGAUAGUAUAAAAAAUGUUGUUGAAGCAAGUAUUGAAAAAAAAAAAAAUCCUUCUAACAGUAACACUCCACGUAACAUGAAUAAUAUGAAUAAUAUGAAUAAUAUAAAUAAUAUAAAUAAUAAUAAUAAUAAUAAUAUGAAUAAUCUCAAUAAUAAUUUUAAAGAUGAUGAUUAUUAUUUUGAAAGUUUUACAAAUUAUUUAAGAGAAUAUGAUACAUUAGAUUCAACUAAUAGUCAAGUUAAUUUAAGAAUUCUAGACAUAAUAAGAAAUAAUUAUAAUAAGGAAGAUAGUAAAGAUAUGUAUGAAUCUACUAUCCCUAUAGUUACACAACCAUUUUCUAAGAUUGAUGAUAUUAAUAAAAAAAACAAUCAUGCAUUUGCCUUAUUUAAUAUUGAUCAAAGCUUAAAUGUAAAUAACGUUGUUGAUUUGAGUAAAGAUAAAAGUGCAGAGAAAAAAAAAGUAAAUAAAAAAACAGAAGCAAGUGAAAAAAAAGAUAAACAAAAGGAUAACAAUUACAAAAAAAGGGACAGUAAAGCAAAGGAUUCAACUGACAAAAAGAAGGCAGAGAAUAAACAAAAAGAUAUUAAUGAAAAAAAAAGAGAUAGUAAAGGCAGUACUACAAAUGAAAAAAGGAGGGAGAGUAAGUCGGGUGGAAGCAAUGAUAAAAGGAAGGAAUCAAAAAGAGAAAGGGCAAACAUGAUAGAAAAGGAUACAAAAAAUGUAAAUAAAGAUAUGAAUAAUGAAAAUAAUAAUAAAUAUGUGAAUAAUGAAAAUAUUAAAGAUAUGAAUAAUGAAAAUAAUAAUAAAUAUGUGAAUAAUGAAAAUAUUAAAGAUAUGAAUAAUGAAAAUAUUAAAGAUAUGAAUAAUGAAAAUAUUGAAAAUAUGAAUAAUGAAAAUAUUAAAGAUAUAAAUAAUGAAGAUAAUAACAAAAAUAUUAACAAUGAUCAUAACAAAAAUAUAAACAACGAUGUAAUGGAAACAUUAUCUAUAGACAAAUCUACCUGUAAAAAUCCAAGUGAUCCUAACAAUUCAACAAAAACUUUGAAUAAAACAUCUAAUAUGGAUUCUAAUUCUUCUAUAAAGAAAGAUAAGAAUAAAUCAAUAACUAUAAACACUAACACGUUGUGUAAUGCAGAGUGUGUUAUCGAAUCGAAUGUAUAUUCAAAUGUCGAAUCUGCUGUGCAUUCUAAUGUAGAAUCUAUUGCAUAUUCUAAUGGAGAAUCUAAUGCUCAUUCAGAUGGUGAUAAAGGAACAUGUAUAAAAAAUGAAAAAAAGGAAGAGAAAAAUAAAAAGAAAAAUACAUCAACUAGUAAAAAAAAAAAUAAUAAUGCUGAUAAUUCAGAUAUUGAAUGGGAUAACUUCAAUCCACAAUUUACAAUAUUCAAUACUUUUGAACCUAAUGAGAAUAUUUUUCUUUCUAAAGAAAAACAUGAUGAUUCAAAUGAUCGAGAUAAAUGCGGUUCUAAUAACAUGCAAAAAAAACAAUCUAAGAGAAAAAGUGUAGAUAAUACAAAUGAAAAGAAACAUAAUAAUAAUAAUAAUAAUAAUAAGAAGAGGAAUGAUGUUUUCUUUUCAUCAAAUGAAAUUAAUAAUAAAAACAAAAAUAAAAAUAUGAAUAAUACAUCCAUGUUCUUUUCUAAUGUUGAAAAUAAUGAUGUGAUUAAUAAUAAUACAAAUGAUGAUAUCGAUUUCUUGCAUAUGGAACGUCAAGCAUAUGACAACAAAAAAUAUGAAGAUAAAAAUGUUCUUAUGAAGAAAAAGGAAAGCAAUGAAAUUAUGAAGGAAGAAUCUCAUGGAAGUGGUAAAAAAUUAAAAAAUGAUGAACAUGUUGAUGCUCAUUAUAUGAAUUGCAGCAAUAAUAUUGAAAAUAAUAAAAUGAAGAAUCCAAAGAAAAAAAUGAUUUCCAAUGAAGAUAAUAUAAAUAGAUUGAUAAAAAAAGAAGAAGGUGAUUAUAAUAAAUGGAAAAAUGAUUCUGUGAAUACAUAUGCAUAUGAUAAAGGAGAACAUGAUGAUAUAAAUUAUAGUAGAAGAGAAUUACUUGGAAGUGAAGGAUUAGAAAAUAAGGAUGACUUUAUGUAUAGUUUUAAAGAAUCAAGAAAUGAUAAUAAUAUAGAACAAAAAAAAAAAGAUGAUGGAUAUGAAAGGAGAAGCAUGCUUAAACAAAGUUAUAUGGAAAAAGAAAAAGGGCAAGUACAUGAUGUUUAUAAAAAAUAUUAUCAACAAGAAGAAAAUGAUAUAAAUGGAAGUGAUACAAAUGGAAGUGAUAUAAAUGGAAGUGAUAUAAAUGGAAGUGAUACAAAUGGAAGUGAUAUAAAUGGAAGUGAUACAAAUAAAAAUGAUACAAAUAAAAAUGAUUAUCCUUAUAAUAUGAAAAAAAGGAAAUAUGUUCAAAAUAGAUAUGGAAGUAAUCAAGAUAUGUUACAUGAUAAUAUAUUAAAUAAUAAGAAUUGUAUAAUAAAAACUGGUUCUAAUUAUCAUGAUGAAAUGUUUAAUAAGAAUAAUAAGUUAGAGCCAUGUGAAGAAAUAAAUAAUAUAAAGAAACACAACAAUAAUAAUAAUUAUAAUAAUAAUAAUUAUUAUAAUAAUGAUGAUAUAAAAAAUAUGAAUGACAAAAGAAUUAAAAAAGAAAAAGAUAAUUCUGAUAAUAUAGAUAAUAUACAUUAUAAAAAGUUUAUGGAUAGAAUUUUCAUAUUAGACAAUAGAUAUGAAAAUUGUCGUAUAUGUUGCUUACAUGAAAAUGUUUUAAUAAAAAAUAAAAAUAAAAAUAUAGAUAAGAAUAAAGAUAAAAAUAUAGAUAAAUAUAUAGAUAAAAAGAAACAAAUAUAUAACCAAUAUUAUAUAUUAUGGGAGGAUGAAUUAUUAGGACGUAUGAUUAAUUUUAUAUUCGACAAUUAUUAUAUAUAUAUCUUAACUAACAAUAAUAAUAAUAAUAAUAAUAAUACAUGUGAUACAUCAUUAUUAAGUAUAUAUAAUUUAGAGAGUAAAUUAUUAUUAGAUAAUUUUAUUAUACCUUUAGAAAAUGUAUGUGGAAUUAAUAUAAUAAAAACAUUUUAUAUAGAUAAUAGUAAUAUGUAUAUAUUUUUUUAUAUAUAUAAUAUAAGUGGUUUAUAUUAUAUAUAUCAAUUAUAUAACUAUACUGUUAUAACUUUAUUAUAUUCUUUUAAUAUAUCAGAAUUAAAUACAACUGUUGAAUCUAUAAAUAUGAGUAUUAUAGAAAAGUUAGAAAAUAAUGUAUCUAUAGGGAACAUACAAAGGUUUUCUUUAAGGAAUUAUAAAAAUCAAUUUUUAGUUUCUAAAAAAACACAAAUAAAAACCAAAUUACAAAAUUAUAAACUAGGAAGUAAUACAAAAUUAAACAAUAGUAUUAGUUUUAUAGAUGAUAAGAAAAAAGAAAAAGAAAAAAAAAAAAAAAAAAAAAGUGAUAUAAUAAAAAAUAAACCAAAUAUUAAAGAAAUUAAAAAAUUAAUAAAAUAUAUAACAUUUUAUAUGAAUCAAAAUGAAAAUUCUUUAUUAUUAAAUAAUAUGAAUACACAUCUUUUUAAUGAUCAUAAUAAGUUUAGAUUAAAUCAAAUUACAUUUUUAAAUAAUAAAAAAAAAAAAAUAAAAAAAAAUAAAAAAAAAAAUAGUAAUAAUAAUACAAAUGAAAAUAAUAAUAAUAAUAAUAAUAAUAAUACAUAUGAAUGUAGUAAUAAUAAUAGUAUAUAUGAAAGGAAUGAUUGUAAAUAUUAUAAUAAUAUUAAAAAAUAUAUAAAUAAAAAAAAUACUUUUAAUCAUAAUAAUUAUAGUAUUUGUAAUUCAUUAUUAAAAAGUAAAAUUCAAAAAAAAAUUAAUAAUAAAAAAUAUGCACAAUUCAAAUAUAAUUCUUAUUUAAGUCAUACUAAGAAUAGUAUAAAUAGAACAAAUUCUUCAAGGUUAUUAUCUUGUAAUGAUAACAAGGAGUUUCAUAUAUUAAGACGUAUGCCAGUAUCAAAAAAAAGUACUGAUAUAAAUCUUAUAGAUAAUGAUGAAAAAGGAAAGAAAAAAAUGAAAACAAAAAAUGAAUUAUUAGGAAAAAAUAGUUAUAUAACUGAAUUUUUUAAUAAAGAUAUACAUGGAUAUGAUUUAAUCUAUGAUUAUAUAUAUAGAAAAAAAUCAUUUUUUUAUAGUUACAUGUGUAUAUAUAUUUUUUUAAAAAAUGGAAGUAUAUUCUUAAUAAGAAGAAAUCUAAUGACAAAAGAUAAAGAUGAACGAUCUAUUGAAUUAUAUGAUAAUAUAUCUCAAAAUAAUGGUGUAACACUUAUAUCACGUUUGAAUAAUAUUUAUUAUGAUAAGUCAUUGUAUUGUGAUAUUGAUUUGAGAGAUGGAAAAAAUGACAACGAAGAAAAUAACAUAUAUGAUAAUAAUAUAUAUGAUAAUAAUAUAUGUGAUAAUAAAAUAUGUGAUAAUAAUAUAUAUGAUAAUAAUAUAUAUGAUAAUAAUAUAUAUGAUAAUAAAAUAUGUGAUAAUAUUUAUGAUGAACACAAUUGCGAUUUAGAAUAUCCUUAUAAAUAUUCAAAUUAUAAUGAUCAUCAUUGUGAUAGACGAAGAACAUUAAGAUGGGCAGGUUAUAAAGAUGAAAAAAUAAAUUCUCCUUUUUUUGAUGAUCUUUUAUAUCAAAAAAAAAAAGUGAAUAAAGAAUGUAAUCAAUUAAUAUUUAGCACACAUUUAGAUAGACAACAUUAUUUAUAUAAUAAAAAUAUACAUCUAUCUGAUAACUUACAAGAAAUACAAAAAAGAGGAAUGAGAAAUGUUUUUACAUAUGGAAACUUUUUUAACAUAUAUAAUUUUGACUUGAAAAAAUUAUUAUUAUCAGAACGAAAAACAAAAAAAAUAAAAACAAGCAAUGAAGAUUAUUCUCAAAAUUAUUGUCAAAAAGAAUAUACAAAUGAAGUUCAUAAAUAUAAGAAUAAUAGCCUUCGACUAUUACAAAAUAAUGAACACAAGAUGAACCAUAAAAUAAAUAAAGAGAACUUAGAUAGCAUAAAAAUGAUAGAUGAUACAGAAAAUUAUAAUAAUGUUAAAAAAAAUAAAAAAGAACAAAAGAAUGUUUCCAAUUUUAUCAAACAAUAUGAUGUAUCAAAAAAAGUAAACAAUGAAAAAUUUAUGGAAGAUGAUAAUAUAUAUAAUAUUAAUUUAGAAGAUCAUAAUAAAAUAGAAGAUAUAUAUAAUAAGUUUUCAUGUAAAGAAGAUGAACAAAAUAAUAUAAAUCUUUCACAUAUUAUACGUCCUAAAUUAAUGAGAACAAAUUCGUUGCCAGCAACUUUGUCUUCAUCUUUUUUAACAGGUAUACAAUCAAACUCGUUAAUAAAUCAUAAUGAUCAUAGUAAUGAUAAUAAUAAUAAUAUUCAUAAUAAUGAUAAUAAUAAUAAUAUUCAUAAUAUUCAUAAUAAUGAUAAUUAUCAUUGUAAUAAUUUUUGUUAUUCCUCAUAUUCUUCUUCAAAUGAUAUAACAUCUGAUAUAUUAACAGCACCAUCUUGUAAUUUCGAAUCUGAUGAGGAAUCUCAAGAAAUCCAUGAUAUUACUUCAUCCAAUCUUUUGUCUGACAUGUCACAAGAUAUGCCUCCCAUUUAUAACAACUCUAACGUAAGAAUCCAAGUGAAGAAAGAAAGAAAUCAAAGUGAAGAAAGAGAUGGUACUACACUCAAAGAAAAUACAAUACCAGGAAAAAGAAAGAGAAAUAAAAAGGACAGUUCAUCAAAUAAUAUAAAAAAUAAAAAAAAUAAUAAUAGUAGAGAACAAAUUAAAAAGAAUACAAAUAAUCAUAAAAUGAAAAAUGUGUCUUUAAAUGAAAAACAAUAUAUUGAUGAUGAUAAUGUUCCACAUCCUUUUACAAUAUAUAAUAAAUUUGUAUAUAAAAAUUUCCCAGAUAUUUUUAAUUGUAUACAAACAUGGAAUAAACAAGAUAAAGAUAUAAAAACAAAAAAAUUAUCUAAAGAAAGUGUUUAUAUAAAAACAAUAAAAUAUUUAGAAUUACAAAUGAAAUAUAGUAUAUAUAUAAUGAAUAAAAAAGCAUUUUUAAAUUAUUUAUAUGUUUAUUUUAAAUUCUUAGUAGAAUAUUUAGAUAUAUCAAGAAUACAUCAAACAUUCUUAUAUUUUAUUCAUACAACAUUAAAUCAUUGUCAAAAAUAUUUUUCAAAUUUUGAUAUCUAUUUUAAUAAUGUUCAACCACCAUAUUGGAGUGAUACAAAUUCAUUAUUAUCUAUGAACGUGCAUUUUUUCUUUAUAGUCUUAUUUAUUUAUUAUAAUUUUCUUCUACCCUUAUAUAUACUCUUAUGUAGAAAAGAAACCAAAAAAAUAUAUUACUCAUUUUUAAAAUUUAUAAGGGAAAUGCAAAAUGCUAUUUUUUAUAUUCAAAAGAUAUUCCACAAUCAUUUUCACAGGUUAUGUAUAUAA